AUAUUAAUUAAAUAAUUAAUUGUUCUGUAAAAUAAUUUUUAAUUUACCAUUUUUAUUUUACGUAUCUUUUAUCUAGCUCAUAGCGCGUAUUGACAUUAACUUGAGUUAUUCUAAUAAUAAUAUCCUAAUUAAUAGAGCUAUCCUUUAAUCACAGAUCAAUAAAUGUGUUUAUUAUUUUAAAUAAUGGCUUUCUAAAAUAAACCUGAUGGAUUGUGUGCCCUUUAAAAUGAUGCCAAAAUGUAGAGCAUGUCUAAAAUCCGCUAAGAAUAUGAUUCCUCUUGAUGAUAAAUACAUUAUGUAUUUUAAUAUACUUACUAACCUAAAUUUAAAGCUGGCCACUGACGAUCCAGAAGUGCUAUGUAAACAGUGUAGAAAAGCUCUUCAAUCUUUUAUGAAUUUUAGAGAGCAAUGCAUAACAGCCAAUACAGUAUUUGCAGUUGUUGUUCCUAAUGAGAGCUUCAAAGAAGAAGGUGAACUGGAUAAUGAAGUUAAAAUGAAACAGGAGCUGGCAGACCAUGACUAUGAAGAUAAUAAUGAAUUAAUUUUUGAAGAUAAUCUGACAUACAUGUUAGUUGUGAAGUCUGAAGGAGGAGAUAUAGAAAGCACAGACCCUAUAAACUAUGAUUGUGUCGAAGAAUGUAAAAAUGUACUUUCUGAUAAAAAUGGCAUAAAGAAAGACAACAGUAAACCUUCAAGGAAAAAAAAAUGUGUGAAAACCAUCAGGAAACCUAAAAAAUGUGUAAAGACUACAAAAAUUAAUUUAACUUCAGCUGCAAAAAUUAUUGAUGAAAAAAGAUUUCCAAAGCCGUCAGACAAUAGUCUACUAUGUGGUUUGUGCACUAGUACAUUUGAAAAUAAUGAUAAACUACAGUCACAUUUAUCAGAACAUAGGCAAAGCCAGACUUGUCAAGUUUGUAACGAGAAAUUUAUAGACUGGCAAGAAAUAAUAUCACACAGGAUGGAUCAUUUGCCUUUGGGAAAAGUGCAAUGUCACUUGUGUCCGCAAAAUUACAAAUCUGCGUUACGGAUGGAACUUCAUUUAAGGUUAAAUCAUAGUUCAGGGGAAGAUAGGCGAACGCUCAGAUGUAGGAUAUGCAAUCGCACUUUUGGUACAUCAAUGAAAUUACGAGUGCACUACCUUAAUAUUCACAACACUGGAAAUAAAAAGUUUUACUGUGACUACUGUAACAAAAUGUUCUUGAGAAAACAUGGGUUAAAGAUUCAUAUCGCUUCACAUUUAGAUGCUAAACCUUACGUGUGCAACUUGUGUAACAAAGCGUUCAAAUUCAGUCAGAAAUUAGCGAUUCAUAAGAUUGAGCACAUUCCAGAAAGAGUAUACUGCAAGUUGUGUAAAAGGCCGUUUGUGUCUCAAAGUGAACUGGACAAACAUUCUUGUAAGAAAUACAGUGCAGUGUUGUGUCCCGUGUGCGGAAAGAUUUGCAAAAAUACCGGCGAUGCUAGACGUCACUUUCUGCGUGUGCACGAUAAGAAUCAUUUCUACAAAUGCGACCGCUGCCCGAAGACGUACAAAAUCAGGCAAAGCCUUGUCGCGCAUCAGAAUAAGCACGAUGGCAUCCGCAAAUACGCGUGCGAGUUCUGCCCCGCCAAGUUCUACGAGCGUUCAACGCUCACCAAACAUCGCCGUACGCACACCGGUGUGAAGCCGUAUGUUUGUGAGUUGCAGCUGGCUGUUAAUGACCCUCAGCAGCUGUGUAAACUAUGUUUUACCACUCUUCAACAAUUUAUAGAGUUCAGAACAAAAUGCAUAGCUGCCAAUUUAGUAUUUAGUUCUAUCAUUCUUAAACAGGAUAUCAAAAAAGAAGAUGACAUUGAUAGUGAUAUUGCAUUUGAAGUGAAACAAGAAGUACUUGAAAUAGAUAUCACUAAAAUGAAUGAUGAACCCUUGGAAGAUGAUGCUCAUGAUCAUUAUGAUGUAGAAUAUGAUUUGGUUUUGAAGACGAAUGAAGUUGAUAAUAAUCAGGAUAAUAUUAAUGUAAAAAAAUCAGUGCAGAAAAAUAUAAGUAAAUUGACCAAGAAGAAAUCACUGAAACCAAGGGCUAAGGGAGAUAAAUCAAAAAGAAAAGACAUCAAAACUGAAAAAAGUGAAAGAAAAAAUGUAAUAUAUAAUAUGAAUUCAUCAGGAACUCUAUUGUGUGGUUUAUGUACUAAAUCAUUCGAAGAUGAUAAUCAACUACACACCCAUAUACCAACGCAUGGUGUUUAUAACAGUUGUUCUCUUUGUUCUGAGAAAUUUGCGGACUGGCAAGAACUGAUGGCUCACCGACUGGAACACUUGCCUGAGAGACGGCUUCAGUGUCACUUAUGUACAAUGAAAUUCAAAUCUUCACUGUAUAUUGAACAUCAUUACAGAAAAGUUCACCAUUCAGAGGGAGAAAGGCAAACACUAAGAUGUAGGACGUGCAACAAGAACUACAGUACACCGAGGAGACUACGCUCUCACAAUAUUGUAACACACAACACUAAGAAUAAGACGUUUUACUGUGAUUAUUGUAAUAAACUAUAUUUCAACAAGAGUACCUUGAAGAUUCACAUCCGGACUCACGUAGACACUAAACCUUAUCGUUGCGACGUUUGUGACUUUUCAUGCAAAAUUGGGAACACUCUAAGGUUACACAAAAUUUCCAAACACAAUAAAGAAAGAAGACACUGCACGAGGUGUAAGAAAGUGUUCGUGACGUCGAGCGAGUUGGGCGAGCACGUGUGCACGCAGAGCGACUCGAUAUGUCCCACGUGCGGGAAGAUGUUCAGUUGCACGACCAAGAUGAAUCGUCACAUCCUCACUCACGACAAGGACCACUGGUACAAGUGCGACCGCUGCCCGGCCGCGUACAAAGCCAAGAGCUCGCUAGUGGUUCACAAGAACAAGCACAACGGCGAGCGACGACACGCGUGCGAGUACUGUCCCGCCAAGUUCUACUUCGCCUCCGUUCUCAUCAAACACCGUCGGACACACACCGGUAUAAAACCGUAUGUCUGUAAGGUGUGUCAAAAAGCAUUCACCGGAAACAAUAACCUCAAAGUGCACAUGAAGGUACACGGGAAAUUUCUGAUCAACAAAAAAGAACCAGAGGAUGACGAAUUGAGUUUAAAGCAAGAUUUAAUGUAGAUAAUAAUGAUAACGCUGUAAUAAAAAGUAUUGUUUUAAUAUUUGGA